AACGUUGUGUUUAUAUACACUAUUUCGUAUGACAAGUGUUAAAGACCGUGUCAGAUAUUUAAACAUGUUUUAAAGUAUGUUGAAUAUCUUUUAUAAUAGUUUUGAAUCAAUGCUUUGUUUUGUUGCUAUGAUAUUGUUUUUUUAAUGACGGAUUGAAGAACAACCAGGAUUUGUUAGUUUCAUUACAGAUACAUGUCGAGAUAUGGCACCAAAGGAUAGGGAUAACUUUUUCAAGAUAGUGGCUCUUAUAGUUGAAAUUGCAAGUGAUGUUGUCUGGAAAUAUAUAAAACAAAACAUACUCGGUUCUUCUAGCUUUGAAUCAUUUCUUAAUUCGAAGAAAGAAAAGCACAAGAUAGUUCAUGUGUAUGAAACUCUUAAUUGCUGUGAAUGUGUUUCAGAAAAGAUAAAGGGCGAAAGAUUGAUAGCUAGAAAACAGUUACUUUUAUUAUAUAAAUCGGAUGAUACGAAACAGCUGCCAAUUCAUAAAAAAUAUGUUGGCGGUAAAGUGACCCAAAUUUGCAUCUGUAAUUAUUAUGCAAUAGAAAACAUUGAUAUAAAGGUCGUUGAUAUUACACUUGCGAACUAUAUUUUGCAAAAUGUGGAAAAAGAGAGCAAGGGCUGGAUAAUUGGAUGACACAAAUAAAAGAUUUGCGAAACGAAAUAUUCCACCUGUCAGAUAUAAAAGAGCUCACAGAUAAUGAAUAUAAUGCCAAAUGGGAUACAUUGAAAGGAUCCAUAUUAGGAAUAGUUAGUUUAAUAGACAAAGACUAUGAAGAGGAAAUCACGAAAAAGAUUAUUUACACGAAACAGCUCACAGUUAUCCCGGCUUAUAUGUUGAAUUAUGAGAUUCUUUGUCGAGAUUACUGGAGAAAUAAAUGUGCUGAAUUUGAGAGGGCCCAGUGUGAAGAAAUUGUGGAAAAAGCAAAUGCUUUACAAUCAAAGAUGCCUAGGGUAUUCAGUGAAUCGAUGGAAAUUAAUUGCCAGACCACCAUGAACAGAAUACAAAAGUUUAAAACUUGUGUUGACAAGAUAAAUAUACUUAUCGAGGUUUUUGGAAACCAUGAAACAAUGAAAGUGGUGACGCCUGAAGAAAAGUAGAAGAAGG